AUGGAGCUGGUGCUUCAGGACAGUAAGGGUCAUAGGUUGCAAGCUUCGAUACCAAAACCAUUGGUUAAGAAGUGGAAGGAUGUCAUAGUGGAGUUUCAGAUGUACACGAUGAAAAAUUUCGUUAUUUUGGAUAAUACUACAUACCCCAAGGUAACUCCGGAUAAAUAUAUAUUGGUUUUCUCACACCAGACCAGGGUUCAUCACGUUGAACAUCCAAGCUUUCCACUUGAUGCCUUUCGCUUGAAGUCAUUUAAGGAGUUGCUUAAUGCUGAUAAGUUGGAUGACUCUGAACUUAUUGAUAUAAUUGGUGAAGUUGUAGGCAAAGAGGAUCCGAGGGAUUUGGUAACCAGCAAAGGGGUGGAGACUAAACGGUUGGCCAUAAUCCUACAAGAUUUAGACAACAAUAAGAUUAGCUGUGCUCUGUUUGGUAAAAUGGUAGACGAGCUUUUACCUUAUCUUCACGAUGGAAGGGUUGAACCCCUCAUUAUAGUGCUCCAAUAUUUUAAACCCAAUAGAUGGAAUGGUAAAACAUCUGUCCAGAGUCAUUUCUAUGUUUCCAAGCUGCACAUCAAUGAUGGUUUAAAAGAAGUUGCUGGAUUCCGAAAUAGAUUGCUUAGCGGAGUGGCUGCAAGUUCCUCAAGGAUUAGCCAAGUUUCAUCUCGGGGGGAUGGUCUGGAGCUGAUGAGAUAA